UCCAUGGCGAUUUUGGGUUUCUUAUUUGUGGGUUUUCUUUCAAUUGCAUCCUCAGUUCAUGCCGACGGCGGUUGGGUUAACGCCCACGCCACCUUCUACGGCGGCGGUGACGCCUCCGGCACCAUGGGUGGUGCUUGUGGUUAUGGGAAUUUAUAUAGUCAAGGUUAUGGUACAAACACAGCAGCAUUAAGUACUGCUCUGUUCAACAAUGGUUUGAGUUGUGGUUCUUGUUUUGAAAUUAAGUGUGUGAGUGACCAUCAAUGGUGUUUGCCGGGAUCCAUUACCGUCACCGCCACCAAUUUCUGCCCGCCGAACGCCGCCUUACCCAACAACAAUGGCGGAUGGUGUAAUCCUCCUCAACAACACUUCGAUCUUUCUCAGCCUGUCUUCCAACACAUUGCUCAAUAUAAAGCUGGGAUCGUCCCUGUUGCUUACCGAAGGGUACCCUGCGUCCGAAGGGGUGGAAUUAGGUUCCAAAUUAACGGCCAUUCCUACUUCAAUUUGGUUUUGGUUACGAAUGUGGGUGGCGCCGGCGAUGUGCAUUCUGUCGCCGUGAAAGGGUCGAAAACUGGGUGGCAACAAAUGUCGAGAAACUGGGGGCAAAAUUGGCAAUCCAACACGUAUCUCAACGGGCAGUCUCUGUCUUUCAAGGUCACCACCAGUGAUGGCAAAACUGUGGUGUCGAACAACGUUGCCCCGGCUGGUUGGUCUUUUGGACAGACCUUUUCGGGUGCCCAAUUCCGUUGAAAAGACGUUUUUACCCUCGACACGGUUUUAGCCUAUUAGAGUUAGUGGUCACCUAGUAUUACUAUUGUAACCUUUUUAUCAAACUACAAUAGGUACUACAAUGACUAGGGGAUCGUAUUUUGAAAGGGUCCUUUUGGUCAUUUUGCUUUUUUUAGGGUACCCUAUAUUUAUCAAGGGUUUUGCAGUGGUGGACUGUUACCACCCGCCUAGUAGUAGUAAUUGACGGUUUUGCCCUUGGUUGGGCCAUUUGAAUUGGCUUGUUGGUGAGUUGCCUUUUUGGGAAUGCUUUUAUAUUUACGAGGGUUUGAGUUGUAAAUUUACGCUUUUUACUAGUAAUGGAAUUGGAAAGGUGACUACCUUAAGUUUAA